AGUUACCAGAAGAGUUGACAAAAGUCUGCACUGUCUAUACAGAGUCCUCCCACCUAAACCCAGCUACCCCUGCCUCCCUCGCGUAGUCCCUCACUUGUCCUCUGUGUGCUUCAUUAACGUACCCAUCUAGGAGCAGUUUGCAGAAGUGUCCGGCCAGGAACCAUGGGCAUCAGAAGCAGUUACAGCGGUCUAUCUAGGCUUAUCUUCAUUGGCGCUCUGGCCAUCUGCAUGGCUUUUGUGCAGUCAGAAACAGUCGCUGAUUCCUCCCCUACACUGCAGUAUGAUAAUCAGGACACACUAUCCGGUGCUGGAAGCUUCGAUGUGACAACAAAAAUACCUUUUCAAGAAGACCCCACGGAGAGCACCCGCACCUAUGAUUAUGAGGAUGGAACAUACUCAAUAACUCUGGAUGAGGAAGAAGUUGUGUUGGGGCCAGGUGCCAUCACAGCUAUCGUCAUCGCCGUGUUCCUCGGAGCCUCUGUUCUUCUCGCUCUCAUUGUGAUCAUGCUCAGAAAGUUCACUGCCUCUUAAGGGACAUUUAAGUGUUUUCAUUUCCUCCCUUCCUCAAACCCAUCUUUUCUUUUUACUUUCCUCUGAACUGUAUUUUCAAGUGUCUCAUUGGUGGCAGGUCCUUCGUGAAAUGAAUGCUCUUUGCUGAGACCUGUUUUGUGAUUUCUUACUCCUAUAAAACUGAAGACAGAGAAAAACAGAAUUAGGCUGAACAAAAAAGUAACUGCAAUCAAGAGAAAUCAUGGGUUCAUUUGUUUGGUGACCGUAUAAUCAAUAUCCUCUUGUAAUAAGGUUUAGACUUAAAUGUUGAAAGGCAGAAUUAUUAUAUUAAAGACACAUUUUAAGAUAUAGUUUAAUACCAUCCAUGUGCAACUAGUUUUUUUUUUCAUACUGAUACUGUAUUGUAUGAUACUGUAUUGUAAUAUAUACCAAUUUUCUUGUCCUUUAGAGUUUAAGAUAAAGUGUGUGCAUGUGUGUGUACAGUAUGUAUUGAGCGAAAUCAAAGUAGUCUAAGAGUGAGUGAUUUAAUUGAACUUUUAUACAUAAACUGAUGAAACUGUCACCUUGUGAUUGGUCACUGAACAGAUAAAGAGACCAUG